AUGCCCGUGUGGCUAGUAUCCAAAAUCAAAUCCUUCUUCAAGAUGUUCACCGUCAUUGGUGUCUCGAUCGGAGGUUUGGCCCUCGUGGCCCUCUACACCUUCCAGUCCACCCUUAUCUACCCAUCUUCAUUAAAUGAUGGUAAAGGUCACUGUGCUACCCCCGACGAACUCGACAUGCCCGACUACGAAGAGCUCUUCUUGCGCACAGAAGACGGCGAAAGUAUCCAAUGCUAUGCGCUCAAGCACGACCGUCUGUCGCCGCUGUACACGAACAAGACCGUUCUUAUACUUUCUCCCAAUGCUGGUAAUAUCGGGCAUGCAUUGCCCAUUGUUUCCAUGUUCUACAAGAACUUCCAGUACAAUGUAUUUAUCUAUUCGUACCGUGGCUACGGAAAGUCGUCUGGCCGCCCGCUGGAGAUCGGGUUGAAGGUGGACGCCCAAAGAGUUAUGAAAUACAUCACCACUGAAGACGAGCAACUUCUGCAGAGCUCGUUGGUUUUGUACGGCCGGUCACUUGGUGGUGCCGUUCUGGUGUAUAUCUCUUCAAUAUUCCCUUCGGCCAUUCUGGGAAUCAUCUUGGAGAAUACGUUCUUACUGAUUCCCAAGACAGUGCCUCACAUCUUCCCUGCUCUCAAGUAUUUCACAAUUUUGGUUCACCAGAAAUGGAACACAGAGGUAUUGGUGCCACAGAUUCCAUCCAACAUCCCCGUGCUUCUUUUCAGUGCCCGUAGAGACGAGAUCGUUCCUCCUAGCCACAUGGAUCGUAUCUUCCAAUUAUUGAGAACGAACGAUAAGGUCAUGUACAAGUAUGAUCAAGCAGCACACAAUGACACCGUGAUCCAGCCAGGUUACUGGGAGCGGGUGCAUGAGUUUAUUCAGGAUAAGGUCAAUCCUGCUGGAUACUAG